GAUAGCGGCUAGGACGGGUAAAGGCCAAGGGCGGAGAAUUAUGGGAGGGAUUAAGACUGCAAGAGCUGAGUGAUGGUUGGUUCCUGAACAAAGAGGGCGGAGUAAAAGGCGGAAGCAGAAUUGGGGGCGGGGCUUUGUGGAACUUGGGGGACCCAGCGAAAUGGAAGAAGUUAGGUGUCCAGAGCACGGGACUUUCUGCUUUCUUAAGACCGGCGUCCGCGAUGGCCCGAAUAAAGGAAAGAGCUUCUACGUGUGCCGGGCAGACACGUGCACCUUCGUGCUGGCCACCGACAUUCCUGUUUCCCAUUGCUUAUUGCAUGAGGACUUUGUGGUAGAGCUUCAGGGUUUGCUUCUGCCACAGGACAAGAAAGAAUACAGAUUGUUCUUCCGAUGCAUUAGAAGUAAGGCAGAGGGGAAACGCUGGUGUGGAAGUAUUCCAUGGCAGGAUCCUGAUUCCAAAGAACAUUCUGUACCCAAUAAGUCUCAGCAUGCAUCUGAGACAUUUCAUCAUUCUUCCAACUGGCUGAGAAAUCCAUUCAAGGUACUUGACAAGAAUCAAGAACCAGCUCUCUGGAAACAGCUCAUCAAAGGUGAAGGUGAGGAAAAGAAGGCUGAUAAGAAGCAAAGAGAAAAGGGAGAUCAGCUUUUCGAUCAAAAGAAAGAACAGAAGCCUGAAACGAUGGAGAAAGACCUCUCAUCUGGCCUGGUACCAAAGAAAAAACAAUCUGUAGUUCAAGAGAAGAAGCAAGAAGAGGGAGCAGAGAUUCAGUGUGAGGCAGAGACUGAAGGCACACACAAAAGAGACUUUUCUGAAAUUAAAUCUCAACAGUGCCAAGGUAAUGAGCUUACAAGACCAUCUGCAUCUUCUCAGGAGAAAUCAGGUGGUAAGAGUCAAGAUGUCCAAAGAGAAUCAGAACCUCUGAGAGAAAAGGUUACCCAGCUUUUGCCUCAAAAUGUUCACAGUCACAACUCAAUAAGCAAGCCCCAGAAAGGGGGACCCCUCAACAAGGAGUACACGAACUGGGAGGCUAAAGAAACAAAGGCAAAGGAUGGCCCUAGCAUACAGGCCACCCAGAAAAGCCUGCCUCAGGGGCAUUUCCAAGAGCGGCCGGAGACCCACGGUGUGCCUGCUCCUGGAGGACCAGCGGCUCAGGCUGCACCAGCAGCACCAGGGCUUUCCCUGGGUGAGGGCCGUGAAGCUGCCACAAGCAGUGACGACGAGGAGGAAGAUGAUGUUGUUUUUGUUUCCUCUAAGCCUGGGAGCCCCCUACUCUUUGACUCGACUCUGGACUUAGAGACGAAGGAAAACCUCCAAUUCCCUGAUCGAAGUGUGCAAAGAAAGGUGUCUCCUGCCUCAGGUGUUUCCAAGAAGGUAGAACCCUCAGACCCAGUAGCCCGGCGUGUCUACCUUACAACACAACUGAAACAAAAGAAGAGCACACUGGCAUCAGUGAACAUCCAGGCUCUUCCAGACAAGGGUCAGAAGUUGAUCAAACAAAUCCAGGAGCUGGAGGAAGUACUCAGUGGUCUUACCCUUUCCCCAGAGCAAGGAACUAAUGAGAAGAGUAACAGUCAAGUACCACAGCAGAGUCACUUCACCAAAACUACCACUGGCCCUCCCCACCUGGUGCCUCCCCAACCCCUUCCUCGUCGUGGUACCCAACCUGUGGGUUCUCUAGAACUAAAGUCUGCCUGCCAGGUGACUGCUGGAGGAUCCAGUCAGUGCUAUCGAGGCCAUACAAACCAAGAUCACGUUCAUGCAGUGUGGAAAAUCACAAGUGAAGCCAUCGGUCAACUGCAUCGCUCACUUGAGUCAUGUCCUGGUGAGACGGUUGUGGCAGAAGAUCCCGCCGGGCUGAAGGUCCCUUUGCUACUACACCAGAAGCAGGCAUUGGCUUGGUUACUAUGGCGAGAAAGUCAGAAGCCACAAGGAGGAAUUCUGGCGGAUGAUAUGGGCUUAGGAAAAACCCUGACAAUGAUUGCGCUCAUCCUGACCCAGAAGAAUCAAGAGAAAAAGAAAGAAAAGGAGAAAAGCACAGCUUUGACGUGGCUCUCCAAAGAUGACUCUUGUGACUUUACUUCCCAUGGAACACUAAUCAUCUGUCCUGCCUCCCUGAUCCAUCAUUGGAAAAAUGAGGUGGAGAAACGGGUGAACAGCAACAAACUAAGAGUCUAUCUCUACCAUGGGCCAAACCGGGAUUCACGUGCCAGAAUCCUCUCUACAUAUGACAUCGUGAUCACUACCUAUAGCCUCGUGGCCAAGGAGAUUCCCACAAACAAGCAAGAGGCAGAGAUCCCAGGUGCAAACCUCAAUGUGGAGGGCACCUCAACACCUUUGCUUCGAAUAGCCUGGGCUCGAAUCAUAUUGGAUGAAGCUCACAAUGUUAAGAAUCCCCGAGUGCAGACGUCCAUAGCUGUGUGUAAGCUACAAGCCUGUGCCCGUUGGGCUGUCACUGGAACCCCCAUUCAAAACAACUUAUUGGAUAUGUAUUCGCUGCUGAAGUUUCUCCGUUGCUCUCCAUUUGAUGAGUUCAAUCUGUGGAGGAGUCAGGUUGACAAUGGCUCAAAGAAAGGAGGAGAACGGUUAAGUAUUUUAACCAAGAGCCUUUUGCUGAGGAGAACAAAAGACCAGCUGGACUCUACUGGCAGACCUUUGGUGAUACUGCCCCAGCGUAAAUUUCAGUUGCACCAUUUAAAGCUUUCUGAAGAUGAAGAGACUGUUUACAAUGUGUUUUUUGCAAGAUCAAGGUCAGCUCUGCAAUCCUAUCUAAAAAGACAUGAAAGUAGAGGCAACCAAUCUGGAAGAAGCCCUAAUAAUCCAUUCAGUAGAGUGGCACUGGAGUUUGGGUCUGAGGAGCCUAGACACUCGGAGGCAGCAGACUCGCCGAGAUCCAGCACCGUCCACAUACUGUCCCAGUUGCUGAGACUCCGCCAGUGUUGCUGUCAUCUUUCUUUACUGAAGUCGGCCCUGGAUCCAAUGGAACUGAAGGGUGAAGGUCUCGUCCUUUCCCUGGAAGAACAGCUCAGUGCUUUGACCUUGUCAGAACUCCGUGACUCAGAGCCAUCUUCCACUGUUUCCCUUAACGGCACCUUCUUCAAGAUGGAGCUUUUUGAAGGCAUGCGAGAGAGCACCAAGAUUUCAUCUCUGUUGGCAGAAUUGGAGGCAAUUCAAAGAAAUUCAGCAUCCCAAAAGAGUGUCAUUGUCUCUCAGUGGACCAACAUGCUGAAAGUUGUAGCAUUGCACCUGAAGAAGCGUGGACUGACUUAUGCCACCAUCGAUGGCUCUGUCAAUCCCAAGCAGAGAAUGGACUUGGUAGAGGCAUUUAACCACUCCAGAGGCCCUCAGGUAAUGCUAAUCUCUCUCUUGGCCGGAGGUGUUGGUCUAAACCUGACUGGAGGAAAUCACCUCUUUCUUUUGGACAUGCACUGGAAUCCAUCACUUGAAGAUCAAGCUUGUGACCGAAUUUACCGAGUAGGGCAGCAGAAAGAUGUUGUCAUACACAGAUUUGUUUGUGAGGGAACAGUAGAAGAAAAGAUCUUACAGCUCCAAGAAAAAAAGAAAGAUUUGGCCAAACAAGUUCUAUCAGGGUCUGGAGAAUCUGUCACCAAGCUCACCUUGGCUGACCUCAGAGUCCUUUUUGGCAUCUAACCUCCUGUGGAUAAGGGCUCAGAAUAGCACCAUUGCUGGUUUGUAUUAGGAUCUGGGAAUAACAACCUAACCAUAAGCCUUGAACUCUGUUCUUUGCAUUUCAAUUUCACCGUCGAGCCUUUCACCUUCCUCAAAAUGAGGCAUAAUCUUAUCCCCAGAAUUGAGGAGGGGUUAUGUUAACCAAUUAGUUAACCAAUUAUGUUAAUAAUUUAUUUAAUGAGUGAUAUGGAAACCAAUUGAUUUUUUUAGAUAAAAGAAUAUGUUUUAGAGUUGGAUGAUUUUGGAAAACAACUCUGGCAGAAUUGUAUAUAAGCUUCAGUAAAGUUCAAAAAGCGGGCCAGGUGUGGUGGCUCAUGCCUGUAAUCCCGACACUUUGGGAGGCCAAGACAGGAGGAUGGCUUGAAGCCAGUAGUUCAAGACCAGCCUGGGCAACACAGUAAGACCCCAUCUCUAUGAAGAAUAAAAAAAUGAGCUAGGCGUGGUAGUGCACACCUGUAGUCCUAGCUACUUGGGAGGCUGAGGCAGGAGGAUCCCUUGAGUCCAGCAGGUUGAGGCUGCAGUGAGCUGUGAUUGUGCCACUGUUUUCCAGCCUGGGCAAUAUAGUGAGACCCUGUCUCAAAAAAAGGAAAAAAAAGCUCAAAAAGUUCUGUGUUGCCUUUCUCUUCUUCGCUGAUGAUGGGAGAACCAGUUGCUACCUUCUCUAACACAGGCUCCAUCCUAUCUCUUCAUCUCUUCUUGCCAGUGAUGUUGCUCCUGUAACCAUCUUUUUAUGGGUGGAGCAGAGAGUCAAUCCCUGCAGCCAGCCAUCUCUGCAGUUCUCUCAGUGCAGGCAGUUCUUCCUCUCAGGCUGAAGAUCAAGGAGAUGCUUUGUACAUGAACAGAUGCUGAGUAUCUGUAUCAUUGUAUUGUUUAGUGUCAGUAUCAUUUAGUAUUUGCAUCACUGUACCAUUUAGUGUUGUAUAUCACUCAGUCAUUUAAUAUUGGUUAUCACCAUACCAUUUAAUAUUUGUAUAUUUGGUUCAUUGUAUCGUUUAGUAUUUCUAUUAUAUCAUUUCUAUUUGUAGUAUUUGUAUAAUAUUUGUGUCAUUUUUAAUAGUAUUUGUAUUUUUACAAAUUUGCAGUAUUUGUAGCAUUUAGUAUCAUUGUUUCAUUUAGUAUUUGGUACAAUCUAAUAAAUACUAAUCCAGUCCAAUACUAAUCCAAUCCAAUACUAAUAAUACUAUUGGUACAAUCCAAUACUAAUAAUACUAUUGGUACAAUCCAAUGCUAAUAAUACAGUAGUAUUGAUACAAUCUAAUAAAUAAUGUGUUUGACAGUGUAGCAGAAAUAAUGCUAUGUGUUCACCAAACCCACUUCCUUUUCCUCCCGGGCACCCAGAGAGACUGUAUUUCCCAGUCUUUGCUGCAGUUUGACGGGGUCCAUAUCAAUGGACUGUGGAGAGAAGCGAUUGAUGUAAGUCACUUCUAGGUGGCCCUCUACCACUUUCCAAAAGAUCAUUCAUGCUGUUUCUUCCCUCCUCAGCCUAUGGGAUGCAAAGGAACUGAUGGAAGAUUACAAGGCCCUAGGGAAGGUGAAGCCACUAGCUCAGCAGUUCUUAGCCUAGUUUUUGGCCAUCAGCCCUUCUAUUAGACUAGUGAAGCCUCAGUCCCAGGAUGGCUCCCCAUGUGCACUUCCCUCCUCGCCCCAGCUCACCUACACUGGACUAUGACAUGAUCAAGGAAUCUUUUUUUUUAAGCUACUGAGAUUUCUGUGUUGUUUACGUAGCAGUUUGUACCCUAAACAAACACUUGAGAUUUUAUACUUCAGGCAACUAUUCAGAUUUCCUUCUUCUCAUUAGCAAUUGUUCCAAAAACACUUACUCUGCUAAUUUCUGCUAGAAAGAAUCACAGUUCUUCUUACACAGAAACAUUUCUGUCCCUUGAGUUGGGAAACAAGACCCUAUGUUAACCCAGUCACAGUGUGGACUGAGGCAUUCGGAGCCUAUUUAAGCAGAAGUUUUCUAUAAGGACAAGAUUUAAAGGCUUACCAAGGUAAAGACAAUGGCCUGGUGGGAAGAAUUCUAGUCUAGAACGUUUGAGAUUUGACUCUAGUUCUAGGUUCAUCUUAGCUGGGUGUGUAACGUUGAAAAAAAUUGGCCGGGUGCAGUGGCUCAGGCCUGUCAUCCCAGCACUUUGGGAGGCCGAGGCAGACGGAUCAUGAGGUCAAGAGAUCAAGACCAUCUUGGCCAACAUGGUGAAACCCCGUCUCUACUAAAAAUACAAAAAUUAGCUGAGCGUGGUGGCGUGCGCCUGUAGUCCCAGCUACUGGGGAGGAUGAGGCAGGAGAAUCGCUUGAACCUGGGAGGUGGAGGUUGCAGUGAGCUGAGAUCACGCCAUUGCACUCCAGCCUGGCAACAGAGCGAGACUCCGUCCCAAAAAAAAGAAAAAAAUCCUUACUUUCUCUACACUCUGAUUUCCUCAUUUGUAAGGUGGGCAGUUUUCAGAACUUAGCAGCAAUAAGGUUUCUGAUAAAAUCAAGAAGCAAAGGAAGUAACAUUGCCUUUUUGAAGUUUUGCUAUAAGAUUGACAUACCAAGGUAAAGAUUGAGUCACCUGAGAAGCAGUGGCUCCCAGGCCAGCAAGAAUGUACAAACCUGGCUCUGCCAUUUGCUGAUUGAUAUUAGGCAAGUUGCAGAUUCCUUGGACAUCUCAAUCCUUUCAUUGGUAAAAUGUAUGGAUUAGCAUGUAUCUCAUGCUCCACUGGGAAUUUCAUAGCAAAUAUAUAUACUACAACAUGGUUGACCAGAUAGAUCAGUAAUGUCAACUAGAAGGUAUUAGAUGAACAUUGUCAGUCUCCAGUCAAGCACUGUUUAGGGGAGAGGAAUUCUUUCAGGUUCAAGCAUUCUGGCUUUUAGUUUGGAGAGGGAUGCAGGGAUUGUAACUUAAAAUCUUCAGAUAUUGAGGCCAUUGACAAGUAAUCUACUGUAAGGUAGAUGCCUCCUGGUAUUUUAAAACAGCUUUUCUAAUUUCCCUUGUUAUUGUACGUAAGCAAAGCAACCUAGUUAUGUCUUGGGUAGGUGUUCUCAUAGCCGUGAGAUGCUACUGACUUGAUGUGGAUGCAGAAAAAAAUGGAACCACUGCCUUAAUGGGAUGAAAUAUACCAAACAUGCAUUCUUAAAUCCUAGUGCUGGGAUGGAUUACAUGAAUUACAUUGUGGAGCUGCAUAUGUGUCUCCCCUCUUCCCUCCCUGGGGGUUAGGCUGGGUUUGUUUGUUUGUUUUUUUCAGUUUUGUCCUCAUGAGGCUUAGCAUCUAAGGGAGACAGGCAUGAAUUAACAGAAGUGGCAUUCUGGUAUAUCUGUCUCAGGCUCAUAUUCAUUUUAGUGUAAAUCAGUUUCUUCAAGUCUAGGUAUGACAGGGUGGGUCUUUGCACCUUCUAGCGAUGGGCAGCAUCCCACAACAUAGUGGUCUAAUUGAGGUGCUGCACUAUGAGUCCUGCCUGUGUCAACCAGCCUUCCUUCAUGUCACAAUACUGCUGCUGGAUUUGCUUUUUACAUCUGCCUAUUGCACCUGACUUGGGCAUGGAUGAUAGGAGGUAAUAAAUGCUUUGAAAACCAUGAAGGGCCACACAAGUGCUAGUGUUAUUGCUGUGGGACAAGGUCUGGGAAUAUGAGAACCAGCAGCAGCAUGGGUGCAGCUGAGAACCAGAUGGUGAACAUCUGUCUCCAAAGUGCAACAUUCCUGAGCACCAGAUGUAUAAGGCAUUUCUUACUCGACAGAAUUGACUUCAUGGAAGGUAUGUAGUUUGACUUUGCCUUAGCCAUGUUGAUCAAAUAGGAGUAUUGUGCAUGCCGCAGCUAGACAGAGUCCUGGGCCCUUUAAAAACCUUGUCAGUGACUCCCAUUGCAGGCCCAGCGCAGUGGUUCACACCUGUAAUCCCAGCAUUUGGGAGGCUGAGGCAGGCAGAUCACUUGAGGCCAAGAGUUCGAGACCAGACUGGCCAACAUGGCAAAACCUCCUCUCUACUAAAAAUACAAAAGUUAGCCAGGUGUGAUGUUGGGUGCCUGUAAUUGCAGCUACUCGGGAGGCUGAGGCAGGAGAAUCACUUGAAUCCAGGAGGCGGAGGUUACAGUGAGCUGAGAUCAUACCACUGCACUCCAGCCUGGGCCACAGAGAAAGAACGGUGAUUCUUUCUAGCAGAAAUUAGCAGAGUAAGUGUUUUUGGAACAAUUGCUAAUGAGAAGAAGGAAAAACAGGAAAAAAAAAUUUUCUGUUUAUGGGAGGUGACUUAUUUCUCUAUCAAUCCUGUGAGUGAUUUAGCAUGGCAAUUCAUGAACACUGAGUUGUUUCCUUGCUCUGAUUGUCUGUUGCUCAAUGAAAUGGCUUUUAGCAGGGCUCAAAGGUUAAGCCAGAUUCUCCUGCACUAAUAGGAUAAGCAUGGAGACACCAGUGUUCAGUGUGGCCUCUGGUUGUCUGAAAUUUUGCUAUCAACUCUAAUACCUUGAAAGAAUUAGGUUUCCAAAGUGGGAUAUUGUGCUGCUGUUUGUGAUAUAGCAUCUAGCCUUAGGAAAGGGCAGGAACAGUUUAAAAGCACAUCUGUAGGCACAAAGAGAAUUAUAAUAGAAAUUCAGAAUUCCCAGGCAUAUGACCUAGACCAAAAUUUCUUCAUAACUACAAAUGAAAUCAGGGUCAUUUAUAGUACAAACUACCACAGAAGUCAGUAGUUAGGGGAUGGAGAUAGAUAUGAAAAAAAAAAAAAAAAAGCAAAACCCAGCCUAACUCCCAGGGAGGGAAGAGGGGUGACAGAUAUGCAGCUACACAAUGUUUUUACUAUCUUGAGUUCUUUUUACCCAGAUUCCAUAGCUAAAUCCAGAUGUAUUAAUAGGUAGAGACUACUUCAGAAAGGAUGAGACUAUUUUCUUGCUUAAUUAUCCACACAGCAAUUCAGAAAUGUAUAUUGAACACUUUUUAUAUGCCAGGCACUGCUGGGCACUGGAAAUAUAAAAGUAAGCAAAACUGAAAAACUAUCCUGUCCUCCUGAGGCUUAGCAUCUAAGGGAGACAGGCAUUAGUCAACCCCAUGUGGCUGUGAAUCAGCCAUGAUGCUGAGUGCUACAAGAGAGGACUGUGCGGCUGGGAGGGCUUGUAACAGGAUUUGACCUAGUUAGGGAAGAUCUGAGGAAGUGAUGAAAGAAGGAAAUCAAUAUGUAAGAGCUCACAAGGCAGAGUGAGAUGUUUCUUCCUAUACUGCCUGCUUCUAAUGAGCAUCCACUUCAUUGAACCACCUCUUCAUUAAGCCAAACCUACCACACAGGGAUACAUUCUCUGGAGGAAAGUUGAGCAACUAUUGCAUUUGGGACAUUAGAGUAUGGGUGGGCUGACAGGUAUGUGUAUGUUUAUUAUCCAAGACAGCCAAGGUGUUUAUCCUGUUACAACAUCCCAGAGGACAGAGGCUCUUAUUUGUGACUCUUUUUUCUUACCUGUAACACCAGAGGCAUAACUUACAUCAUAAUGCUGCAUCUUGUUGAUGCUUCAAUGCUCACAAUUCAAAGGUGAUUUCUGAAGCACUUUGUUACACUGGGGACAGCUCCUAAAUCCUCCCACUCUUUUUUUGCCUCAUCUUGGAGUCUUGGGCUCUGUUGAUCACUGACUCUGCCAGGUCUUUCAGCAGGCAAGACAGCUCAGUUAAAUUGAGUUUGGACUUCCACUGUAGUGCAUGCAUGAGACAGCACCCCCAAUCCCCAACACCCACACACAAACUUUAAAUAUUUGUAACAGAAUUGUUACCAUUAAUAUUGCUUAAAGGCUAACACAUUAGCCAGAACCUAGAUGUCUUCUGGAAAUUUUUUAUUGCAAUGUUACUUCAUCUACAUAAAGUUGUCCAAUCACUGAAACCUUCUCCAACUGAAAUAAAUGGUAAGCUUUUUGUUCUCAA